AAAUUUUCGCUCCCUUUAUCUUGCGGGUGUGGAGGUGUUAGAUUAUCAAAGACAGAAUGGAGGAAAAAAAAGACAAAGACAACGAAGGAACCUCAGAGGGAACCGCUUCCGACACCCUCUCCAUGUUUCGCCCUGCGCUUUCCCUUCUCAAGCGUCGCAGCUUUAUCGCCUGUCGUGAUUUCACUCGCAAGAUCGUCAGAUCCGACUCCAACGCCUCUCUGCAAAUCGACCAAAUCCUUGCGGUUGCCGAUGUUCUUGCCGCCGCAGAGCGCCGCCACGACCCACUUGACUGGUACUCCAUCCUGCGCCUCAGUUCUGGAGACGUUGCUGCUGACCGUGAUUUCGUACGACAACAGUUCAAGAUCUUAGUGCGCCUCCUGGACCCUAACAAGAAUAAGUUUCCCUUCGCAGACGAGGCCCUCAUGCGCGUGCGCGAAGCUUGGUGUGUUCUCUCUGAUCCCACACUCAAGGCAAGUUUUGACAGAAAGGUUAAAGACGAGGUUUCUUCGUUUUGGACAAUGUGCCCCUACUGCUGGUACCUCCACGAAUACCAGAGGUAUUACGAGGAUUGCUCUUUGAGGUGCGCCAAUUGCCAGAAGACGUUUCACGGCACCGAGGUGAAGCCCCCUCCGCCGGAGUCGGUGGUGGCGGGGAAGGAGGAGUACUACUGUUACCACGUGAGUUUUCCGCUCAGGUAUCCCGUUGGUGACCGGCGUAGCUUUGUUGACGAGGAGAAUGGGAUGCGGAAGAGGUUGAGGGUUAAAACAGUGGCUAAUAGGACUAGAACGAAAGGGGUUGUUCAUGUCCUUGCUGACUCCGAUUCAGAUGGGGAGGAGAAAGAUGAGGGAAAAUAGUGUGUUGUUCUUAGCCACAAAUUUUGGAAAAUCCUCAAAAGGGAAAUCUUGGUUGGGUUGGUAGUGAUUGCUGUUUACAGUAUGUAUGGUUCUUGUCACAGAUUUUGGGAAAACUUAAAAGGGGAAUCUUUUUGUAGGGCGUCCAUCAUGUUGUCUUGGUUUUGUAGGAAAAGGGGUAUCAUCAUGCACUGCUUCUAUUCUGCUUCUGCCAGAUACAUGAUGAAUUCUUCAUUUUGGGUGUAAUAGUUUGUCUGUGAAAGACUAUCUGCGUGGUAUUUA